CAACACUUGGCGGUGAAAACUUGAGAAAAAGUUGGCCGUACAACAUUGGGGCUCCUCCUGAAAUUCGAACUUCCGCUCCCUCCCAGACGGAGAGAGAUCAUCGUCACGCCUUCUUCUUCGCCGCCCUUCGUCCUGCCGACGCCAAAAGGGCGCACGCACCUCACCUCACCUCACUGCAGCACUCGAAUUCCCCUCCGCAGUUACGCAGCUUCUUCCCGUCUUCUUCCUCCUUUCGAAUCGGGUUCAGAAGAAGUCUAGGGUUUUCGCUUCUCUCCUCCUCGCGUUCGCGAAGAUAUGGAGCCUCUGUACGCCAAGCUGUACGACAAGUACACUAAGCUCAAGGCGAAGAAGUUCGGUGCGCUGGAGGAAGUCAACAAGGAGCAAGAACUGAAGUUCGUGAAUUACAUGACUGCUGCUGAAGAGUUGAUACAGCACUUGAGAGAUGAGAAUGACAACUUGCGUGCGAAAAUCGAUGAACUGGUGGCUGCUACAGGAUCGAAUGUGGACGAGUCCAGUUUGGAAAACCAACAGCUUUUGAUCGAAGAAAUCCAGAAGAAUAAAAAACUUUCUGAAGAAGUUGCUAGACUCCGUAAGCUGCUAGACAUGGGACCUACUUUCAUCCAAGAUCAGGACGAAAAUGAUAAUAAACAGCUGCAUACGCCUGAAGAUGCACUGCCAGAAUCAGACAUGCCUCAUGGCUCUUAUCAAUCAUCAAAGAGAAAGCGUAGGAGGCCUUCUGAGACUGAUACGAGUAAUGCAGUUAGGCCUCAUACCAAUGUUCAAGAGAAUUCUCCGCUUCUAGGUUUAGAGAAAGAGUUUCAUGGGGAUAUUGUGUCCUGUGGAGCCGUUCAGGAUGCUUAUCAGCCAGGGUGCUGCAUAAGAACAGAUAAAAAAUCAGGUGGUGGGGUGAGUGACAGUUCAACAUUUGACUGCAUGUUUCAAGCUCUUAUUCAGUACACACUUGGUAUGAAAUUUUCAAUUGGUGAUCAAACGGGAAAAUUUUGCCUUGUAGCACUCCAUGAAUCAAGUGGUUAUUCAUUCAGUCUCACUUGGGCCAACAGAGCGUCUGGAGGGGAUGUAGAGCUGAUGUAUAGCAUGCUAUCACUGGGAACCUACGAGAGAAUCGCUCCCGAAUGGAUGAGGGAGGUCAUCAAAUUUAGCAUAAGCAUGUGCCCCGUUUUCUUCCAACGGAUUUCACGGGUGAUUCGAUGAAUCGGUGAAGCAUACCUGUAAAUUGAAGGCGUUGGAACAAUGUUCAAGCACUUUAUUGAGUUUAAAUUUAGUGGAAAGUAUUAGGGCAAUGAAGGUUUUUAGUA